GACUUAACCGGGGUUAUUUGCCCCUGUUAGCAAUACACAUAAAAGUCAAUUUGAAACCAAAAACUGAAAAACCCUAUCAAUUCAUUCUGCCCGCCGCCUCCCUCUACAGUGAUCACACACUCUCCUCUACCCUUCUCCCGCCGCCGCCGCUCCCCGUUCUGUCCCCCGGAAACCGUCCAUCCACACCGGCGCGGCGGCGAGCUUCGUCGAGUCCUUGCAGCGACCGCUCACCACUUCCCCAGUUCGGCGCCGGCCCGCCCCGCCUUCGGCCCCUUCCCCCUUUUCAAGUCGCAACGCCGGCUCUCCUCCCUUCUACGGUUGACAGCAGCAACUCCAGCAGCAGAAAGCAGAUAGUUAUGGCGGAGAAGAAACGGCUAAUAGCGUUAGGGUUUGAAGGCUCCGCUAACAAAAUUGCUGUUGGUGUUGUGACGCUGGACGGUUGCAUUUUGUCGAAUCCUCGUCAUACAUACAUCACACCGCCAGGGCAAGGUUUUCUCCCCCGCGAAACCGCCCAACACCAUCUCCAGCACGUGCUGCCGCUUCUCAAACAGGCGCUGGCUGAGGCCAACAUUACAGUGGAGGAUGUCGACUGCCUUUGCUAUACCAAGGGCCCGGGAAUGGGUGCCCCUCUCCAAGUAUCAGCUAUAGUCAUUCGCAUCUUAUCACAACUUUGGAAGAAACCAAUAGUUGCAGUCAAUCACUGUGUAGCGCAUAUUGAGAUGGGGAGGAUAGUGACUGGGGCAGAUGAUCCGGUUGUGUUGUAUGUGAGUGGAGGAAAUACUCAGGUCAUUGCCUAUAGCGAGGGCAGGUAUCGUAUCUUUGGGGAGACAAUAGAUAUUGCAGUUGGAAAUUGCUUGGACAGAUUUGCUAGGGUUCUUAAUCUGUCGAAUGACCCCAGUCCUGGCUACAACAUCGAGCAGCUUGCUAAGAAGGGAGAAAAGUUUAUAGAGCUUCCUUAUGUUGUGAAAGGAAUGGAUGUUUCUUUUAGUGGGAUAUUGAGCUAUAUUGAAGCAACAGCAGAAGAGAAACUUAAAAAUGAUGAGUGCACCCCUGCAGACUUGUGUUAUUCCCUGCAGGAAACUUUGUUUGCAAUGCUUGUGGAGAUCACAGAGCGGGCAAUGGCACAUUGUGAUACGAAGGACGUGCUAAUUGUUGGUGGUGUGGGAUGCAAUGAACGGUUGCAGGAAAUGAUGCGUGUUAUGUGUAGCGAAAGGGGAGGGAAGUUAUUUGCAACUGAUGAUCGAUACUGCAUUGACAACGGGGCGAUGAUUGCCUACACAGGGCUCCUUGCAUACGCUCAAGGCCAGACAACUCCGUUACAAGAAUCUACGUUUACUCAGCGAUUCAGAACGGAUGAAGUAUUAGCAGUUUGGAGAGGGAAGGAAGAAUUUAAAUUAAAUGGCAAUUGACAAGGUAUUCUCUAAAUAUGAGCGAUUCAACUUUUAUGUGUUUAUUUUUAAUUUUUUUUGUUGAUGAAAACUUGCGUUGUUACAGCUACUAAUCAAAUGGUAAUCACAAUUAAUUAAUUAUCUAUUUGCAUUGCAGGUCAUCCACGUGUAUUAUUUGCUAUCAGGAUCUGUAUUAGGAUGUUGGAAAAAGAAUUACUCGAAGAUGUACUGAUUUAUACUGGGGAUUCUUUCUCUUUUCAUUUUUUUUUUGUCUAUUGAUCUUUGUAAUAGUUACUCUGUGCAACCGUGCAAGAAUGAUGACUCGAACUAAUUUCGAGUCCAAGGAUAGGCUUCUAAAGUUGAUGUUUUAGUAUCUACUUCUAUACCAUAAUGCAGUGCAAUAUUGUGAAUGCCAUAUAGAGAACACUAAUUAGGAAUUAAUUAUUAAAUGAAGCAUUAUAAAUUAUACUCCAA